GUGCGGUGCCAGUCUGUACUUUUCACUUGUCAUCGUCGGCAGCAGCACUAAAACUUGAGUUGAACGUCUUGCAAAUUGCUUAUAAAACAUGUUUCGCAACCAAUACGAUGGCGACGUCUCUGUGUGGAGUCCUCAGGGGCGCCUGCAUCAAGUGGAGUACGCCAUGGAGGCCGUCAAGCAGGGCACAGCCACCGUGGGAUUGAAGGGCCGAGAUGCUGUUGUUCUCGUGGCCUUGGGCAAGUCGUCUCAGUUGUCUGUGGCUAUGCGCAAGAUCAUUCCCAUCGAUGAGCAUUUGGGCAUUGCCAUUGCCGGCAUCACGGCCGACGCACGUGUGCUGAGCCGCUACUUGCACUCGUCGUGUCUGGGCUAUCGCUAUAACUACAACAACGUCUAUCCCGUGGAGCGCUUGAUGACGAAUCUGGGAAACAAAAUGCAGUGCACCACCCAACGCUACGAUCGUCGUCCCUAUGGCGUGGCUCUACUCGUUGCUGGGUACGACCAGAAGGGACCCAAUCUCUAUCAGGUCAUGCCUUCGGCCGUCAACUACAACUGCAAGGCCCAAUCCAUAGGCUCGCGCUCGCAGGGCGCUCGCACAUAUUUGGAGCGUAAUCUGGAUUGUUUCUUGAAGUGUUCCAACGAAGAGCUAAUUUGUCAUGGCAUACUGGCCAUAAAAACCAGCCAACCCAUAGACCUGACUUCGGGUGAACAGGAGAAGGCAGCGGCUGCAGCAAACAUCACUGUGGCCAUUGUUGGCAAGGAUCAGCCAUUUCAAAUGCUCAGCGAGGAGCAGGUCGAGCACUACACCAAAAUGGCCAAUGAUAUGGGUGCUGCUGCACAGCCACAGCCACCCAUCAAUCCGGAUGACGAUGAUGAUGACGGUGACGAUGGCCGUCCACCAGGCGCACUGAUUGAACCGGAGGUUGGAGGGGUUGCUGACCCGCAAGUAGAUGUUGUCCUAAUGGAACAUUAGAUCUUAGAGCAGAGAACAAUCUAAGCCUUCAAAUAAUCCCUAAAUACAUGAAAAAGGGUAGAGGAAAUCAGCUCUUAAUCGAUUUGCAUUCAA